AUGUGUUUAACCACUACUACUACUACUACUACUACUACUACUACUACUACUACUACUACUACUACUACUACUACUACUACUACUACUACUACUACUACUACUACUACUACUACUACUACUACUACUACUACUACUACUACUACUACUACUACUACUACUACUACUACUACUACUACUACUACUACUACUACUACUACUACUACUACUACUACUACUACUACUACUACUACUACUACUACUACUACUACUACUACUACUACUACUACUACUACUACUACUACUACUACUACUACUACUACUACUACUACUACUACUACUACUACUACUACUACUACUGUAGUGAACGAGAACACAGAGUACAAUGAACAUUGUAAAACGUCUAUUUACUAUCAUAAUCAUAGUAAGAAUGAAUUAUUGCAGGUAACCAAACGUUAUAAUUCUCUCACCACACAAUAUAACACAACAAACAUGUUCUUUGCACGUAUCAAUCAUUGCCUAAUUCUAUAUUUGUGCAUUGCUGUGUUCAUUGUUUCAAUAUCUAAAGCAAAAGACUCCAAAUGUAAUAUUUCAGCUUGCGAGAGAUGUAUGUUAAAUGAACAAAUUUCUAUGAAUGAAUGUUGUUCAAUUCCUUCUAUUCAUGGUGUUUGUAGUUUUUGUGAUCAAAAUUCUGAAACGGAAGAUGAUAUGUCAGAUUGUCUUUUGACCUAUUCUCGAGUGAUGUUCAAACGACGAGGAAUGAUUGGCAAACGUCGUGGAUUUAUGGGUUAA